CGCAAGCCGAAGCGGAGUACACUUCUUGGGUGGCGUGUUUGGAACACGACGAGAGGAAGCUCGAAACUUUAAAGGAUGUGAAAGCCCUUCCGGAGCCUCUGCGCAAUCUCGACGGAGUUAACAUAGACGAUUCGAAUGCGUUCAAGGAGUACCUGUUCCCUCUCUUCGGUAAGCACAUGGGGGUCGUAAAUUUUUGGCUAACUCGAGUCGUGCUGCCUGCUGAGGCGCGUCAGUUCAAGCACCGCCUCACUAGUACUGCUUGGGACCUGUGCCGUAAAGUGCGCAGCAUCACGGUGGGGUUCUCUGGAACAGAUGACCUGAAAGCACUUUUGCCUACAACGAUCGAACAGCGCAAUAUGCCGAAGCUGAAGGGAACUAAUGGCAGGCAGCUGCGAAUGCUCCUCCGUCCCGAAAACGACGACUACGUUGACCUGUCGGGCGGUCGCGUCGCGCAAGCGGUAUUUCCACCCGAAGAGAAGAUGGGCACAGGAGCUACUGACGAGGGCAAACAAACCGUCUUCAAUACCACCACUCAGAUUCUCACUGUUUUGUCCGAGCGACAUGACAUUAGUGUGGUUUUAGACAUUGGCGCCUUAAUCUUGGACCUGUCCUCUGUGGAGUUUUGUCGGGAGUGGCUCUCACGACGUCGCGACGCGCGCGGAUUAGUUUUUUUUGAUAAAUCGAAUACGAUUCAGGUGAUGCUUCCCUCUGAGUCACGAUGUUCAUGCAGGAAAGCCGUACAGAAUGGGUCGACCAUUAGUGGGGUGCUUGGUGGUCGUUUAGUGGUGCCGUUCGCUUUGUCUCCUUUCGAGAAGGACAUGUCGGGGUGCCUUUUGUAUCUUGACGAUGAUCACACACGCGGCGCUGAUUUUGAUCUUCCGACCGACGCGCGCGCAUUAGCGACAUUUGGACCGGGAACAACCAAGGAUAGGCUUAUGCAGGGUGCAAUGCGCAUGCGCAAGCUCGGUCGUGGCCAAAGCGUAACUAUAGCAGGGACCCGGGAGAUCAGUCGCGCUCUCGAGAAGAUCAAGACCAAAGCAAAAAUCAAUGAGUGCAUAGAUCUCUGCGAUGCCGCCAGUCAUGCAGGAGCGACAACGCCUGCAGAAUUUCGCGACAUGCUGAUGACGCCCGCCGCGUUUGAUGCCGCCGCGGCGCAGACAACACCCACGUACUUCGCUGUCUCUGCUUAUUCUUCCAAUGACGCCUCGACGACUCCACUGAAAGUUGAGCAAAAAGAUAUCACCGCGCUUGAGUCACAGAUGAACGAGUGCCAGGAACAAGUUGAAAAGUUGGAACAAGCGCAGAG